AUGUGGGGUGUUGACUUGGCUAAGGGAGACAAGAACCUCGUCGAAGCCAUAAUUUUGAAAUUCCUUACCAAAGCAUCUGCUCUCCGAGCGUUCCUCGCGGAGAGGACAUGUAUUUCCAUCAAGGACACUCUGCGCUGGAGGAAAAUGUGCAAACCAUACCCUUUCCCUUUCCGGACAAUGCCAGAGUUAUCAAGUUUCGUGCAUAUAACCCAGCUUAACGGCCAUCACAUCUUGUGGAUCAAACUUGACGAAAAAGCACUUAAGGGAUACGGGCUCUUAUUCGAAUGUUUGAGAUAUUCAGGAAGCAUAGCAAAUAUUAUCAUAGGGCUUCUGGAAAGUCUGAUGGUCGUUUUGCUUCAGAAUCAUUCUCUAUCCCCUGACUUGACGGCUGCGUUUGUUGUUGAUUGUCGUCCGUCCCACACGCGACCUCUCGAGCGAGCCAAGCUCGAUAGCUUUAUCUUCAACGUGCGAGCUGCUUUAAGAUCAUUUCAAGAUCAGGCACAGUACUACCCAAAAAUACUAUCCCGGAUUUACAUUAUCAACCCGUUCAUAGCAAACUUUUAUGCACUGAAAUUGCCUGAAGAUGUCUUACGGAAAAUUACCAUACUUCAGGAGAGACAUGAAUUGGCCAAAUACCUGGGAGACGAAAUCCCUAUUCAAUACGGGGGCAGCGGUAAUUCAUUGCAUGAAAUCGACUGUCUCUCAAACCAAAAACAUGUGGACGACAAUUCUUUAGAGCAUACCGAUCGAGGUAUAACUCCCCAGCCCAAUAUCUCCGCUCACUCCAGGGAAGAACCGAAACUCAAUCCUCCAGAACCUGAAGGUAUACAAACACAUUUCAGUUACUCAAAGAUCAUUGGAUUUCCUACUACAAUGCUGGAUCCAAAGGAUUUGGAUGACUGGCCCGAACUUUGUCCUGGAAAGGGAGGCGCAAGAGUAGUUCACAUUGAUUCCGGGAUGCUAGUCAAAUAUGGCUAUGGAGUUCGGCUAGCGGAAGCAGAGGCAAUGCAUUUAGUCUCUGCUUCUACAACGGUGGCUGUACCGCGCCUUAUCAGUGCAUACAUUUUUGAUGAUAUAUGUUACGUCAUUAUGUCUUUUGAAGAAGGGAAGCUAUUGAUAAGCCCGUUACGCGAGAUAAAAGGCAGUUAUAUCGGAGGGAUGGGCCACACCACAUGCAGAGACCCAAUUUUCGAUGCCUGGUGGGGUGAUAAGCGAAUUGAAUAUGGCCCGUUUGAGUCUGAAGCGUCCUUCAACGAAGGGAUUAUUCAAGCUAUGCGAAACAGAUUUCCACCCAACUCUCGGCCAGUUGAUCGAGAAUCACCCCGUUACGUUUCGGAAUAUAUCAAUCACCAGACAGUGCGGAGCCUGAGGGGCCAUGAGAUAGUUUUUACCCAUGGUGACUUACGCCCGGAUAACAUCAUUGUCAAGCCAGAUUGCAGUGUAGUUACCAUCGAUUGGGGCCUUUCUGGCUAUCGACCUGAAUACUGGGAAUACUUCCGCGCUAUAGUUACAAUCCCCAUCAAGGAAUCUUGGGACUUGGUCACGGAAAAAUAUAUACCACCUUAUUAUAUUGAGGCUGCAAUCAUGAGACGAAUUUCCGGAAUUAUGUGGAAUUAA